UCGGACUUGGUUGGAUCUCAGAGAGUCUUAACACCAGAUGCUGUUCGCGCAUGCAGUAUAUUGUCUUUCCUCUCUAUAGACGAUCAUCGCAGUCUACUUUCACUGGACUCUAUCAGAGGACUUAUUCAUCUUUCUCUGGCAGUAAACGCCUCGUCAAGUUCGCAAAGCAAGCUUCCCUCAUCACAAAGGACCCCCUAUGGGAUCUCGUUUCUCAACUGAAACGCGAGCGCAAAGACGAAGAGAUACACAGUGCUUUGGAGAGCUGUAGCAUACCAUUCAUCGAUUAUGUUCUCUGGAAACAUGUGGUAUAUUCACCCGACUUAAACACAGCUCUAUCUGCAAUAAAGCAGAAUAGGGGCCUUGCAGGUCAAUUCCCUGCAGACGGUUCUGCCGUCGAACGUCAACAGACGGUGCAGCUUCCCGCGUGGGUUGCUUUCUCCUUAAUCUGUCACAAAGUCCGGACUGCGCAGGAUGCGCAGGACGGUCUGUUACGUCUUACGUUUGAGCACUCGUGGACCCUUGGCUCUAAAGAUCGUCCUGCACUAUUAAUUCUGUCCACACAUGCGCUCGCUCACUUUGACUUUCUUCCGCCGAUGCGUAAAAUUGUGCAACAAUUCCUCGCGCGCACGAUUCAGUUUCCUACAUUUUACUUCAAUGCUCUACUCCGCGGCCUGUCUGGCUUCACUCGUUCGGAAGCAGCCGCCAAUCUUGCGGUAUCUGUACUCGAGGCGAUGUCAGCACGAGAGGUGCCGUUAUGGCUUGAAACAUACAGGUCGCUGAUGCGAGAUCGCUUUGUCACUCUCCAAUUGACCAAGGUCCUCCACACGAAGAUGUCCCACGAAGGAGUUGUGCCAACUGCGGAACAUUUAGAGGCCUUCCUUCGCAUCUUUUCCAAACAUGGAGCCAUCCAGGAUUCACAGGAAUAUCUCCGUGCCAUCCGUCGAUACUGUAUAGAGCAUGGCUUAACAGUUCCUCACGGACCGGAUAUCCACCUUCGCGGUGCUGAUCACUCAGGGACAACACACCCUGCAAACACGCUAUAUAUUGGAUCUUUGCGGCAUGACUAUGCUUCUGCGUUUCACUACCUCCAUAAGCUUCUACAGCUUGAUACUGCCCACAACUCUAGACCCGUCACGUCCGUCCCGGGACCUUCAUCUCGCCACGCAUCCACCAAGUUCUGGUCUGGUACAAAGACCGGCGUGGACAUCUUUGAUUGGACCACUGCACUCAUUUCCGCAGCAAACGAUGAACAGACUUCCACAUCCACCCUUGUUACGCUUUUCGAGCGCGCGCGCGAACGAACGAAGCAGUUCAAACCCACUGUUGCCACAUAUACCGUCAUACUUCGUGGCUUACUCUUCCGAGGAGCUUUCGACGAGGCCUUGAGGAUAUGGAAUCAGUUGCUCGAUUCAGAUAUUGCACUUGAUCGCAAGGCACUGACUGUAGGUAUACAGGUCCUUACUCGUGCAGGGCACCCGCAGGAUGCAUUCUACCUUCUGAACUCAUUCAUGGACGCACAGCGCACCUCUUCGCAACCAGCGUCCCUUCCAGAUGACAAGCAUAUCGCUCCAGCAUCCCGUCACUGGAUAAAUAUCAUCGUCAUUAACGAGUUCAUGGUCGCCUUACUGCGCAUUCGCCGCCCAGAUAUCAUCUUCCAGCUGUGGGACCACCUUGAACAACUCUAUUCUGUACGCCCGAACGGAGCCACGUUAAACGUCCUCCUAAAAGCUGCCGUGCUCGCAACCAAGAUGGAUAAUGAGUCCGUGCGGGGGACAUUCGCACACCUGUUUCACACGCCUGCAGUAGAGUCCAGCAACCCUAUCGACUUGAUUAUGGGACGGCUUCACCCUCCGCAUCCGCCGUCAGUUGUUGGGAUCUGGAGGGACCGCCGUGCGGGUGACGUAGCUCGAGACAUUUUCCGCACUGUGAUGUACGGAAGUUGGAAGCGGCUCCUAGAUGUAAAGGAACCUGUUUCUGUCGUGCACUCCAAGGACGCCGAGGCUAACCCUCUUUACCCGCUGACGAAACUAGCCAAAAGCAUUACAAUGCCAUUCUCCAUGCGUAAGGACCAUGAUGCACAACCGAAAGUUAUUACUGCGGAAGCCCAUUCUCCCGAAAAGAAGCCAUGCGGUCCCUAUCUAUCUAUCGUACCCACCGAUCAGACCUUCUCAACCUACAUCCAGCUUCUGGGUUUCACCGGGCGCGCAUCAGAAAUUUCGCUUACACUUGCGUGGAUGCGUGAGUUGCAGAUGAAUCCCUCACGCAACACAUUGUCCAUUGCGCUCGUGUUCUGGGCUGAAGUGUCCUUGCACGGUCCAUUGUUUGAGGAGUGGGCGGAACGACGAAAGAAAGGGGAGAGUGAAUACGGGCAGCUGGUUAGGUGGGUAACUGAGUGGGUUGGGGAGGAGGCUCCGACAGAAGCGGACAUACAAAGGGCGUUGAGAGUGGUGGCCAAAAUGAGAGACAGUUCUUUUGGUCGAUCAUGAUCAAGUGACUCUAAGACACCCGAUAAUCAUUUAUCUCAACAAGCGAGUUACGCAAAGACACCACAAACAAUACAUGUCACUAGUU